AUGGUGUCAUCAUCUGUGUCUGUCAGCACUAUUAUUAUCGUUAUAUUUCUACCAUUAAUAUAUACUACAGGUUUAAAAAGUGUAUAUGAAGUUCAAAUUCAAAAAGAAUUUCUUGCUUCAAAUAUAUAUUUAACAUUUGCUCAUCGUUUAUCUUCACAUGGUGUUUAUCAUGGUUUUGCAAAUUUUUUCUUUGAAUCAGCAGAAGAAGAACGUGAUCAUGGAAAGAAAUUACUUGAUUUUUAUAAUGUACGUAAUCGUGAAGUACUUCUCUAUGAUAUUAAUAUCGAUGAUAAUAUAGCAAAAAUGGAAGAUCUCGUCGAAAUGAUUCGAGCAGCUGAUCAAUUAGAAAAACAAGUCUAUGAUAAUCUUAUUCAAGUACGUUUACAAGCAAAUACUGAAAAAGAUUAUCCAACUGUUCAUUUUAUUGAAACAGUUAUGCUUGAAGAACAGACAACAGCAUUAAAAUAUAUGAGUGAUUUAGUUAAACGUAUUGAACGAAAUUCAGACAAUGUAGCGAUUUUAUUACAAAUGAUGGAUCAAGAUUUACGUAAAAAACAAGUGAAAAAACCAUGA